CCUUCUAAACAAUGCAAUACAGCUUGGCCUUUUUUUAAUAAAAUAUUGUUCAGACAACUUUAUAAAAAGAACCUUGUUAAAGAGAUAUUCUGUCACUCUUUCUAUCUUUCCUCACUCGUUUGGUAUGGGGAAAGUCUGGGUUGAGGUCUGUCUAAUUUCUGCUCGAGGGCUCCGGCGUUCGUCCUCUUUUUGGAAGCUACAGUGGUUUGCGGUUGGGUGGAUUGAUCCCAACAACAAAUAUUGCACCAAGAUUGAUGCUUCUGGAAAUUCAAAUCCGGUGUGGAAAACCAAGUUUGCGGCUUUGGUUGAUGACUCAAAUUUCCAAGACAUGAUGCUGCACGUUGAAGUAUACGGUAGAGAGCCCCUUUUCCUUAGAGAAAGGCUUCAGGGAACUGCAACUGUUGUCAUGAAAGAAUUUCUGGCCAAAUUUAACAACAAUUCAGCCUCUUCAAGGGUAGGAAUUGAAGAAGUAGGAAGCUACCAGUUGCGCAAAAGAAAUUCCAACAAACCUCAAGGAUUUGUUGACAUCUCAAUUCGUAUCUUGGAGGAAAGGGAAGACUCAGGCUCAUACCUAGGUAAUGAUGGAGGACUCGUUCUAAUGGAUCAUAGGAGUAAUAUUCCAUUGUCUACUAAAGGUGGAUCAGGACACACUUAUCCAGCAGGGGCAACUGAGCUGCCUCUAGCCCCUCUUCCACAGCCAGAUAAUCGAUCUCAACUAAACAUUCCAUCUACACAUUCAGUGCCACGUCCUACAAACUAUUGCAACCCUUCUCUAGGUGAACCUGGUUAUCCAUCAGCUUCUGGGCCCUGCUAUUGUCCACCUAGGACUCCUCCACCUCCACCGCCACCCUCUAAUGUUGGUUACAUUCCCACUUUCCUCCCAAGAACAUAUCAGCCAACGGAGACCUAUUUGAACAUGCCAUCAUCUGGGCCUGCACCUGGACAAGGGCCAAGACCUGGUUUUGCAAUGGGAAUAGGAGCAGGAGCACUGGCGGCUGGUGCUGUGAUAUUUGGUGAUGACUUCAUGUCAGGGUUUGAUGUUCCUGCAGGCUUACAGGACACGAGUCUGACCAUAUCCAUGGACCCUCCUUUCUGAUAAAACAGUGGCUUGCUGCUGUAAUGUGUUGUAAUUGUAGUAAUCGAGCAUGACGUUAAAAUAUUUCAUAAUGUCUAACGCAUGCUAUUGAAAUAUGGUUGAGAGAAUUGAUUCAAUGGACCUUGCUUAUAAAGAGUUCAGCAUCCUAAAUAAUGGGAAGUUUACUACCACGGUUGCAGUAAGGUACACGAUGUUGCACAUUGUUAAAAAAAUGACGGUGAUCCCAAUUCUAUUACAAGUUCCUGUAAGAGAGUAAUUUCAACAGUCAAUUACAACUUUUAGAAGAACAUAUUUUUCCUUUUUUUUUUUUUUCUCUCUUCUUAAACAAUGUUUUUUUGGUUCUCUAAAUGUUUCAUUACAUGGAUUCACGAGAACUGCCCUAUUUAGAAUCUGAGAAACUCCACUGCUCCUAAAAGAG